GAGCAGGGGGAGACCAAGAAAAGACCGUGACCAGGAGUCCUGCCGCAGUGACUACAACUCCCAGAAGGCCGCGCGGGGGCGGGAGCUAGCGCUGACUUCCGGUCUCGGCGUCCUGCCUCUCCGGGAAGGGAAGGUGCGGUGCAGACAGUGACUGCAGUGACCAUGACGAAGUUAGCGCAGUGGCUCUGGGGACUGUUGCUCCUGGGCUCCGUCUGGGCGGCCCUGACCCUGGGAGCCCUGGGUCCGGAGCUGCCCGCGGCAUGCCGGGAGGUGCUGUGGCCGCUGCCCGCCUACUUGCUGGUGUCUGCCGGCUGCUAUGCGCUAGGCACCGUGGGCUACCGCGUGGCCACUUUCCACGACUGCGAGGACGCCGCCCGCGAGCUGCAGAGCCAGAUCCACGAGGCGAGAGCCGACUUAGCCCGCAGGGGGAUGCGUUUCUGACCCCCCCAACCCAUUCCCGCCACACUCCCCACGCCCCAUUAAAGACCAUGUUUAUUUUCUAA